AUGAAGGUGUUCACCGUUCUUCUUGUUGCCGCCGGUGUGGCCUCCGCCGCCACUGUCCCUCAAAACUCGAGGCACGGCACUCUAGUUGUCCGCCAGAACUCAACGGAGACUUCCACCGAUGCCGAAGAGGCCGACGUGGACGCCGAGGUCGAGGACGAGGAAGAGAACUCGGAGGUCAGGACCCAGAUCGAGGACGAAGAUGUCUCGUCCCAGACGAGUAGCCUCAACUUCGAUGACUUCUCCCUCAGUGACUUCAUAAAUCUCGGCGUUACCGACGUUCUUAACAUCGACAACCUCAGCCAGCACGAGCUCGACCUUGCCACCGUCCUCGACGCAAUGCUCAAUGGUCUUGGUUUUAGUGGGCUCGUCUCGAUCGAUGACUUCAUCGGCUUCGGAUUCAACGCGCAGCUCCAGAUGUUCCUUGCCUUCCAGCAGAUCGCCCAGCUCCUCAGCAUUGGACGACUUGGUAUCAACGAUGCUUUCGGCCUCAUUCGCGGCAAUCUCAUCAGCGCUGGUUUCACUGGAUUCGGGAAUAUCGGUGGUUUCCGUGGUGGCUUUAACGGAUUCGGCGGUCUCAGCGGUCUUAAUGGGAUCAACAACCUGAAUGUUGAAGAUUUGGCAGCGAGUCUUGGCAUCAACGUCAACGAUCUUAACCAGGGCAACGGCGGGAACAAUAACAACAACAACAAUAACAAUAACGAUAACAAUGAAGAAGAGGAAGAGGAUCUCUCCGAUUUCACUCGUUAA